GUCGCCGCCUCUAGAAUUCUCGCCUGAACCCUGGUGGUCAGAGGAGCUUAAACCCCAAAAUGGCGUUGAGAGCGGCGGCGACAACAGCGGCAGCUCCGCGAGCCCUCAGAGCUUUAUUCUCGACGUUCUCUUCAAGUUUCCCCUUCAAUCCACCGCAGGCUCAAGUUCAGAAGCCGCCUCCAGCUGAGCCAUCCACCAAUCUUUUCGUUUCUGGUCUAAGCAAGCGAACAACAUCAGAUGGGCUUAAAAAGGCCUUUGAGCAGUACGGUGAAGUUGUCCAUGCAAAAGUAGUGACUGAUCGAGUGUCUGGUUUUUCAAAGGGUUUUGGUUUUGUUAGAUAUUCAUCAUUGGAAGGGGCAGAAGCUGGUAUCAAAGGCAUGGAUGGCCAGUUUCUUGAUGGAUGGGUAAUUUUUGCGGAGUAUGCAAGACCGAGAGAACAGCCUCCCCCACUGAACAACAACUAUGGACCUUCAAAUGGCAAUUUCAACAGACCUCCAUUUGGCAGCCAAUAGAUCCAUAGACACACCUCAAGUAUGAAAGAAGGUUUCCAUAGAUUAAUGUCAUCUUUUUUGGUUAUGGAAACUUCCCAUUCAUCAACUAAUACUCUACUCUUAUACUUUUUGUUCCCUACUCUCAAAGACCAAAAUCGAAUGUUAUUGUUUUCAUUGAACUCUUAAAUUUAUAAGAUUUAUGUACAAGACAGUUCCAUUUAAUCCAUUGUUCCUUCUUAUUUGGUA